AAAUUAAAAUUUCGAUCACCCUCACUCAAAAAUCAAAACCUCACACGCAAAAGUGCAAAACCACGAGUACCCUUAUCUUACCUCCCAAUUUUGGCCAUUCGGCCAAUCCAGAAAACUCCUCCACCUUCGGUUGCCGGAAAAUCAAAACCCCAACACCGUUGAACAACCACACAGAACCACCGAGCCCAUGAACCUGAAGCCUAGUCCUUAUCACAUCUAAUGGACACACGAAUGUUGCAGCAAUAACCCAGCUAUCUUCUCCAAUCUUGACGUUUCCUCCAUUCUUCUCUCUCAACCCAGCUUGUAGGAGAUCCGACCAAGGCCCAUAACACGGUUAUUUCGUAUCGUAAUCUUCCUUUAGACCCUCCAAUGGGAAGGCCAUUAUCCACGAUCGAAGUCCCCGAGAAACGACACCGUUCCCACGGAGAGAACGCCCGGUACCACCCAGAGUCCGACUACAGCCGGCACCGGCGCAGCCCCAGCUACGACGCAUACGACCGCCGCGAUAACCACCAGCGCCGUCGGCUCCGCUCUCCCGAAAGAAGCCCAAGCCCUAACCCUAGACGAAGCCCUAGGCCCAACAAAGCCUUGGACGACGAGUUGCCCAAGCGAUUCGGCCGGCCCUACCUCGAUCGCGAUCAACAGAACGGGAAGCGCUCGGACUCGGAGUCCGACGAGGAACUGAAGGGCCUGAGCUAUGAGGAGUACCGGAGGCUCAAAAGGCAGAAGAUGCGGAAGGCACUGAAGCAUUGUAUUUGGAACGUGACGCCGAGCCCGCCGAGGAACGAGAACGAUGAGUUGGAGGAGACGGAGGAGGAGAAAGCUGAGGAGAUCUCGGACAAGUACGGCGGAGUUAGCGAGGGAAAGAGCGAUUCGAGUUCCAAAGAGAAAGAGAAAGUAAAAGAGAGUAAUCGGAAAAGGAAAUCCGACUCCGAGUCUGAAGAAUCAGAGAGCGCGUCUGAAUCCGAUGAUUCCCGAUCAAGAAGGAAGAGGAAAAGUUCAAUUUCUAAGCGUAGAAAUAGAAAAACCGAAUCGGACGAGAGCGAGACUGAAUCGGAUGAAUCUGAGGGUGACCGAAAGCUUAGAAAAAAGAAAUCAAGGAAAGAGGGUUCUCGCAGUAGUAGGAAGAGCAAGAGAAGUAGUAGUAGUAGUAAAAGAAGAAGAAGAAAAAGGAGUACGUAUAGCAGCGAUUCAGACGAGAGUGAGGACAAUUCCAAUGUGAGUGAUAGUGUCAAGUUGAAGAAGAAGAGGAAUCGCUCUUUGAGCUUGAAUUCUGAUUCUGAGGUUGAAGAAAACAGUAGGGUGAAGGUGAAGGCAGAGGAGGAAACAAUGGUUGCCGAAAUCGAUGUAGAGGCAAUGCGAUUUAAGGAAAUGAUUGAGGCGCAGAAGAAGCUACCGCCGGCUUUGGAUAACGAAGCGGUGGUAGGGCCAAUGCCGCUGCCGAGAGCCGAAGGGCAUAUUAGCUACGGUGGGGCGCUUAGGCCUGGAGAAGGUGAUGCCAUUGCGCAGUAUGUUCAGCAAGGGAAGCGUAUCCCAAGAAGAGGUGAGGUCGGUCUGUCUGCGGAGGAGAUUCAGAAGUUUGAGGGUCUUGGGUAUGUGAUGAGUGGUAGUAGGCACCAGAGGAUGAAUGCCAUUCGUAUUAGGAAGGAAAACCAGGUUUAUAGCGCCGAGGAUAAGAGGGCAUUGGCGAUGUUUAAUUACGAAGAGAAGUCAAAGCGUGAGCACAAGGUUAUGGCUGAUUUGCAGCGGUUAGUGCAGCGUCAUAUAGGGCAGGAUGUCGGUCCUACUCAUGAUCCCUUUGGUGCAAAGGCCUCACCAGAUGCUGCUGAUGCUUGAUUUUACGUAUGUGGUGUGCGAGGAGUAUUAUUGACAUCAGCCUGGUGAUAUUGUUUUUUGAUUCAGGCACACAACUUUUGGGGAAUGUUAAGAAGGUAGGAGUGCUUGUUAGAGUAACUGACAAUAAGGUUUGAUGUUGUGGUUACUAGUUUGGUUAUGAGGUAUGCUGGUUGUGCUUGUUGAGCAUCACUUUUCAAUUCCAAGAGAAGCAAUACAGCUUAUCUAGGAAGUCACAGCAUAAGACCCUAGCCUACCUUAUUAAUGAGCUAGAUAACUGUACUGGAGAUUCAACCUCCGUAGGACCUUGUGGUCAAAUCAAUUAAUCACUAAUUAGUACAUGUCAAUUUUGUGGCAUGAGGAGUUGUUUUAAAAAACAAAUAUACUGUUCCAAAUUAUUGUGGAUGAGACCUAUGACUCUUCCAAAAUAUUUCCCCUAUCUGAUGUAUGAGAUGUAGAGGGAAAUGUUUCAGAAGUUUUGUGCGUUUGAGUAUUUUAUUUCUGUUCUAAAGGUUCAUGUUCUGUAUC